CUCUAAUAUAUUUUCCAACAAGGUUAUGUUUAUAAGAAUUUUUGUUUAUAUGUUAACGUAUUUUCAAGCACUUAAAUACGGAGCAAAAACCCAAAGAAAAUAAUGUCUAUAAUUGAAAAUUCAGUUUUUCCCUUUGCAGAUCAUAUCAAUAGUCACAAAUCACUGUCCACAUUUUUCAGUUGCACAAACAUUGUCGAAAAUUAUUUUUGUACGAAGUGUAAUUUCCAAACAAAUUUACUGAUAACCUUGAAAGAACACCGACAGGAAUACCAUGGUAUUAAAACAGAAAGCUGGACACAAUUACGCUUUAGAAAUUAUAUUUGUAAGAAGUGCAGCCUUGAAACACAUUCUUUAAUAAAGUGGCUUCAGCACACCAAAUCUUAUACCAUAGAUGAGGAAAAUGAAAGACAGCAUAUAUGUUCUUUUUGUGACUUUGAAACAAACUCCAGACGUACUUUGAGGCGGCACAUUAUCACGAAGCACUUGAAAGACGACGAAGUGCAGUGGCAUCGCUGUGAGCAUUGUCCGUAUAAAGCCAAAUUCAGAUCUUACUUACAGAGACAUGUCUACUGUCUGCAUACAAAUGAAACGAAUAUAACCUGGCAUUGUUGCCAGUAUUGUUCAUUUAAAACCAAAUCUCCCCAAAAUUUAAGAAAACACACCCACAGCCAACACCGAAACGAAAACGAAAUCGCCUGGCAUCACUGCGACAAGUGCUCCUAUAAAGGCAAGUUCAAGCACUCGUUGAGAAAACACAUAAAUACGGUCCACUUGGAUGACAAAAACGUUAGGUGGUACAACUGUGAGCAAUGCCCUUUUAGAACAAAGUACUCAAGCAAUUUGAAAAAUCACGUAAAUAAUAAACAUCUGGGCGAAAAUGAAGUUCGCUGGUUCCACUGCGACAAAUGUGUGUACAAAGCCAAAACAAAAAACACGUUGAGGUGGCACUGGAAGUUUGCCCACUGUAGUAAAAAUGUUGACUUAUACAAAUGUGAACAGUGCUCUUUUGAAACCAAAUUACCUCAAAAUUUAAGAAAACAUGUGAUUAAUAGGCAUAAAAAUGAAGACGAAGUUACGUGGUUUCAGUGUGAAAGGUGUCCCUACAGAAGUAAGAUUAAAGCGUCGUUAAAAGAGCACGUAAAUGCUUUUCAUUUAGAUGGGAAGGAUGUUAAGUGGUACAAGUGUGAGUUGUGUUCCUUUAAAACAAAACAUCCGCGAAGUGUGAAGAAACAUGUAAUGCACAGGCAUGCAAAAUUAUUAGUCUGAAUUUGUUGUAUAUUGUAAAUAUAUUUUAUUAUUAAAUGUUA